AUGAAUGAAAGCAAAAGACUUGAUUUUUGCCUAAUUGAUGUAUCUUCAUGUGAUACUGAGCUUCAGGUUGAUAACGAAUUACUUCGAUCUUCUGAGUGGAUAUCAGCAAGGCAUUGUCAGUAUCCUCAAACUAUUGUUAUGCAGUUAGCAAUGAAAUCAAAAUUGGAAAAGAUUCAAAUUUUGUGUCAUUCAGUCUACAUUCCUACUUUAAUUGACCUUUACGCUAUGGAAAACGAUGACAAUCCGAACGGGGAAUUCACACAUCUCGGAACUGUUCGCUUCAAAGAAGCACAUAACACGAAGGAAAAAACAGAACUAAAAACUAUUUUCACAGAUGUUGUUACAAAUUGCCUAAAAUUUAAGGUACAUGAAAAUUAUGUUGAUGAUGAAAGAAAUCCAUUUAACAAGGUAGGCUUAAAGUUGGUUGCAAUGUAUGGUAGCUAUAUAUACGCUAACGAUGCGGAAACAGAGGUAUCUCAAGAUGAUUUGAGCUCAGUCAGUAGAAGCACUUCGCCGAGGCUUACUUCAGCAAAGGAAAAGCCACUGAACGUAAAAUUGAGAAGAAGAAGCUUAGUUAGGCAGUCUAGCGCGAUAGGCGAGCUGGAUGACAAAAUGGCGAUGCUAGAAGAGCAACGCCACGCUGCAUUACAAAGGGGUAAUAUUGCUGAGGCAAACAAAGCUGAACAACUGAUAGGAAAGAUAACAAUCAUAAAAAAAGGAAUUGAGAGAAUGGAUGAUGGAAAAAUAACAGCUAUAGAGAAUGACGAUUUAGAAACAGCUGCUAAAUUGAAGGCACAAAUCAAGAACGUUUAUUCAAAAUGGAAAGCCGAAACUGACUUAUCGCUAAGCACAGAAAAAAAUGACGAUGAUUUCGCAAAAUCAUAUUCGCCAAAACAAGAUUUUCAACUGUUUAGCCACUCUCCUAAGACUGUUGGCUCGCCUGCUGGACGACGAAAAUUAUCAUCGUCAUCAAAAAAUAACAAGUUUCUUGAGAAAGAAAAUACAUAUGUUGCUGCAGCGUUGAUGGGUAAGAGACUUGUGUAUUCACCAGUUCGGAAAGCGAGAAAUGCCGAUCAAGGAGGAAUUGGUGAAGAAGAACUGCUGAAUGCCAUCAAUCCAUCGGAUCGAGCGUUUGCCUCUAAAGCAAUAACCUUAUAUGGAGUAGAAACCGUUAGUAGUUGUUAA